CAUUAGAUAAGAAAGUAAACACUUGAGUUGGAUCGAUGGACCCGCUAUCAGCGAUAACACGCACUUCUUACAUGUGUUAAUCACGGGUCAUCGCUCAAUAUCACCGAACCUCUGUCAAACGAGUCUUGGACAUCGAAGACAAAACUCGUGAUUUACGUCUACCCAGUAAUAACCAUUGCAAACAAAUCGAGUAUUAAUUGGAGUGUUUACAGCAGCGCUUCGUUAAAAAUAGAUUCAAUACACAACUUGUCCCAGUUUCGAAGUGACGAUGAGUUCCCAAAUUGCGAAAAAAACUUUCUUGGAUUACAUCAGUAAUCUGGAAAUUCAGGCGCAGCCGAAGUACAUCCGACUGAGCGGCAUCGUCUGCACUAUAGGCCCGGCUUGCCGGGACCCAUCCAUCCUAGAAAAAAUGAUGGAAGCCGGGAUGAACAUCGCCCGGUUGAAUUUUUCGCACGGUACGCAUGAGUACCACGCCGAUUUAAUCAAAAACUUGAGAGUAGCCGUUGCCAACUACAGCAAAAAAAUCGGCCGCACUUACCCCCUGGCCAUCGCCAUCGACACCAAAGGCUCCGAAAUCCGCACCGGACUCCUCGAAGGGGGAAUGUCAGCAGAAGUCAAACUCGAAAAAGGCGACAAAAUAACAGUCACGACGGACCCCACCUUCUCAACUAAAGGAAGCAAAGACACCAUCUACGUCGACUAUACAAACAUCACCAAAGUACUCAAACCCGGCAACCAAAUUUUCAUCGACGACGGGUUAAUCACCCUCACUUGCGAGACCGUCACCCAAGACAAAAUCCUCUGCACUGUGAGCAACGGCGGCAUGCUGGGGAGCAGCAAAGGCGUGAACCUUCCAGGGGUCGAAAAAGACCUCCCCACGGUUUCCGAAAAAGACAAAUCUGAUUUGAAAUUCGGGGUCCAACAAGGGGUUGACUGCAUUUUCGCUUCGUUCACCCGAAACGCUGAAGAAGUGCGCCAGAUUCGAAACGUCUUGGGUGACAGCAACAUUCGCGUGAUCGCCAAAAUCGAAAACACUCAAGGGGUGAAGAACAUGGACGAGAUCAUCGACUGCGCCGACGGUAUUUUAAUCGAUAGGGGUGACCUGGGGAUGGAAAUUUCCUUCCAGAAGGUGUUCCUAGCGCAGAAAGCCAUCGUGGCUAGGUGCAACAAAGUCGGGAAGCCUAUUGUUAUAGCGACCCAUUUGCUGGAGAGCAUGGUGGACCGACCACGACCCACCCGGGCCGAGAGCUCGGACGUGGCGAACGCGGUGUUGGAUGGGGCCGACUGCGUCAUGCUAGCGGGGGAGACGGCGAAAGGGUUGUAUCCGGUGGAGUGCGUCAAAACCAUGGCCAGUAUAUGUCAAGAGGCGGAGGCGGCGAUUUGGCAGAAGCAGCUCUUCAGUGACUUAACCCGAGGGGUGUCUCUGCCGCUGGAUGUAGUUCAAACGACUGCAGUAGCCACGGUUGAAGCAUCAAUGAAUUCUUUAGCUUCUGCCAUUAUUGUUAUUACGAAAACGGGAAAGUCGGCGCAGUUGUUGUCCAAAUAUAGACCCAAGUGUCCUAUUAUUGCGGUGACUAGGAACGAGCAAGUGGCAAGACAGUUGCAUCUGCAUAGGGGGAUUUUGCCUCUAUUCUUUGAGGGUGAGACUCCAACCGAGUGGCGCAAACUUGUCGAAGUAAGAAUACAAGCUGGAGUGGAUUUUGGGAAGAAGUUGGGUUUUGUUAAGAACGGGGAUUUGGUGGUUAUCGUCACGGGAUUCCAUCAAGGGGCGGGCUCCACCAACACUCUUACGCUAUUAACCGUCAAGUGACGUGGGGUCUAUGUGGACAGAAACGACCUUUUGUUUUAAUAUUUAAUAAAUAAAAUUGAUACAAUAAA